UCGAGCAGUCGUUCUACGUGGAUAACUGUCUCCACAGCACCCACUCAAAGGAGGAAGCAAAGGAUCUUGUUGAUGGUCUGUGCCAGCUACUCCACACUGGGGGCUUCGAGAUACGCCAGUGGGCUAGCAACGUCCCGGCUGUCAUUGAACACCUUCCAUCCGACAUCCGAUCUGAGAGCAGUGAGUUAUGGCUGUCCCAAUCCAGCACGGACCUUCAGGAGCCAACUCUUGGGCUACGAUGGGAUUGCCUCCGUGACAGCUUGAAGUACAAACAUAGACCAGUGGAGAGAAUUGAACCAACGUUGAGGAACGUCUACAAGGUACUUGCCUGCCAAUAUGACCCGCUAGGUUAUAUCGUACCAUUUACCACCAGAGCCAAGAUUCUGGUUCAGGAUCUUUGGAGGGAACAAAUCGGCUGGGAUGACCCGAUCCAGCCACAGAGCCUCCGUGACAGAUGGCUUGCCUGGGAACGGGAGAUUCCAGACCUCAUCCAGAUGGAAAUCCCCAGAUGUUAUGCACCAGCUUCUACAGACUCGCCGACAUCCAGCAGAGAUCUGCACAUCUUCUGCGACGCUUCGGAGAGGGCUUACGGGUCUGUUGCCUACUUACGGACAGAAGACGCUCAGAAGGAAGUCCAUGUCUCCUUCGUCUUGGCCAGGUCCCGUGUGGCGCCAAAGAAGCAGCUGUCCAUGCCACGGCUAGAACUGAGUGCUGCACUUACCGGUGCUCAACUAGCCAGUGUCCUCCACACCGACAGUUCUCCACAUGGAAGGACCUCAUGCGGACAACGGCACAGUCCCUUCACGGGGCGGCCAAUCCGAACUCUGCCUCACUCAGUGAAGCAGCUGACUACAUCAAAGCUGAGAAUCUGCUCCUAAAACAGGCGCAGUUGGAGUCAUUCCCAGAAGAGGUAAAAGCUCUCAUCUCUGACCGACCCCUACCAACCUCCAGCCGUUUGGGCUCCUUAUCUCCUGAGUAUGACAAGGAUACAGGACUCCUCAGAGUCGGGGGGAGGUUACGGAGAAUGGAGCAGCUCGAACUGGACACCAUUCACCCGAUCUUGUUAGACCAAAGGCAUCCGCUGACCAACCUUAUCAUCCAGGAUUUUGAUGAGACCCUUCUGCAUCCUGGACCGGAAAGAGUGCUGAGUGAGCUGCGUCGUAGGUUUUGGAUCCUGCGGGGGAGGGAAGCAGUCAAGAGGUAUCAGAGUCGUUGUAUGCAAUGCCAGACAUGGCGCGCCAAUCCUUCUGUCCCUAAAAUGGCGGAUUUGCCACCUGCUCGCCUACGCCUCUAUAAGCCACCCUUCUAUUCGACUGGAGUUGAUUGUUUCGGCCCCUUCACAGUGAAGAUCGGACGUCGAACAGAGAAGCGUUGGGGCAUUAUCUUCAAGUGCAUGACAACUCGCUGUGUACACCUAGACCUCCUGGAGAGCCUCGACGUUGAUGCCUUUCUGAUGUCUCUGCGACGAUUCAUAGCCAGAAGAGGCAAACCCUUUGAGCUCCUGUCUGAUAAUGGAACAAAUUUUGUCGGUGGAGCCCGAGAGCUACGUGAGGCCUUUGAGGCCAUGGCUCCUCACCUGAAGGAACAGUUGGCCAAACAGCAGAUUGCGUUCUGUUUUAAUCCCCCCAGCGCUCCCCACUUUGGUGGAACGUGGGAGAGAGAAGUGAGGUCCGUGAAGACUGCUCUCAAGGUCAUACUUGAGGAGCAGUCAGUGCCUGAAACAGUGAUCCGCACAGUUCUCGUGGAGGUGGAGGGCAUCCUGAAUGCGAAGCCCCUUGGCUACGUCUCUUCAGACAUAGCUGACCCGGAUCCCAUCACACCUAGUAUCCUACUGAUGGGACGCUAUGAUGCAUCACUUCCUCAGGUCGUUUAUGACUCUAGUAACACCCUUUGGAAUCGUCGAUGGCGGCACAGCCAAGUCCUCGUUGAUCAUUUCUGGUCCAGAUUCAUCAGUCACUACCUGCCCAGCCUACAGGAGAGACGAAAGUGGCAGAAAGAUGGGAAACGCCUCGAACCAAACCAAGUGGUGCUCAUUGUGGAUCCUCAACUUCCACGAGCUUUAUGGCCUAUUGGGAAGGUAACAGCUACUUAUCCUGGAGCUGAUGGAUGCGUCCGGACUGCUGCCAUAAAGGUCAAGGAACGGACAUACAUUCGACCAGUAGCUCGUCUGGUCCAGCUCCCAAAGUUUGAAGACACUGCUGAAGAUCCACCUACCUGAGUGGUCUUUCUACCUUGGAUUCGACUGUCUGUGCAGACAGUCGGGGGCGGCUGUGUUAGAAAGCCCACAUUGUUAAUGUAUUGUUAAAUUGUUUAUUUAGCUAAGUUCCAUUCAGUAAUAGCCAGUUCUCUGUAAGUUUCUAUAUGUCCCACGCUCUUGAACGUACCAUAGCCAUUCCGAUGCUAUUGAAUGCACCACACGUGUGGAAAACGCCGUGCUGUUAUGCUAGUUCUCCGGUGGAUAUAUUGUAAUCUCCUUUGCCUUUUCACCUUCACCUCUACCUCCCUGGUUUAUUGCUGUGUGUAAAUGACAUAAGGUGAGAUUUACGACACUAUACUGUCUG